AUGCCUCAGGUAUGUUACGAUACGAUGGCGAUACGGUACUACACGAGCGUGUACCGCGAGGAUGUCCGCCUCCGGGGGGGCAAGCUCUCUCCGGCCGACCGCGAGAAGCUCGUGAAGCCGUAUCUCCCAGACCCUAGCUCGCUGUCGUCGCGACCGUCGCAGCGCCACAGGAAAACGGGCAGGAAGCAGAGGAAAACCAAGCCCAUCCGGAAUUUCCUCAAGUCGCAGCUCCAUCAGCUCGUAUACACACUCAUCCAUCUCUUUUUCGGGCUCUAUGUCCGCCUGUCCCAGACGGCGUUCGCGGUGGUCGACCGGGUGCUGGCCAUCGUCUAUUACCACCAUCGCACCCCGGAGCUAAUCCAGAAAGAUGUGCGGUCCCUGAAUCGUAUUCCGGAACAUCUGAGUGUGGUUCUGAGGCUGCGCAAGGAGGAGGAUGCGGUGCAGACAUUGAUGGACGAGGUUGCGGAGCUGGCGGCUUGGAGUGCAUGUGCCGGAAUUCCGACAUUGAGUGUAUAUGAGAAGACAGGGAUCCUGAAAUCGUGUAUCCCGAUUCUCUAUCAAGUGGUCACCGACAAACUCUCGUCAUAUUACGGGUCUCCUUCACACCAGCCCAAUCUGCGCGUGUUCGCCCCUCACCACAGCGUCUACUGUCCUUCCCUUUCAGAGUCGGCCACGAAGCGAUCUAGCGGUUCACUAACAAUUCUCCUGCUGUCGGCGUCGGAUGGGCGGGAGACUCUGGUCGAUCUGACCAAGACCCUGACGGAGAUGUCGCAAAACGGCAAGCUGUCUCCGGCUGAUAUUAGCCUAGAACUCAUCGACGCCGAAAUCAGCGAGAUCACCUCGCAGCCUUCCCAGUCGACGCCUGGAACGCUGAACGGGGCUACCGAGACGACCGACCCGGCGACGUCCAAUCUCUUCCGUCCCGUCAAGCCGGAGCCUGACCUGUUGAUCAUCUUUGGCCCUUAUGUGAAUCUGGACGGGUAUCCGCCGUGGCAGAUCCGUCUGACGGAGAUUUUCUGCACGGGGGACCGGGGCAGCAGCAUCACGGGCGGCAAUGACUUUGAGGCAGUCGAGUACCAGGGAUUCCUGCGGGGAUUAUGGCGUAUAAGAAGUCUCCAAUCUCCAUCGCAUCGCAUCGCAUCACCUCGCCAUACCAAGUAA